GCGUGUUUAAGUGUGUAUGCAUCUGAACACAGGGACAGAGCUCACAGUCUCGGACACAGAGCUGCAGCAGAAGGCGAGGCGGCGCGAACAUUCUUUGACCCAAACAGAGAACCCCGAUUGCCGUGCCAGUACCAGCUGGUGAUCAUGGUGAAGGAAGAGGAGAUCGUCACAGAGGCAGCAGGGCGAGGCUACAUGGACAUGCUUGCUCUCGGAGAGGACGACUACUUCAAGUGCCUGUCUCCUCCCUCCUAUUUCUCUUCCAGUGUUGUCUCUAGCACCUUUAGUGCCACUCCCACUACUGUGUCUCUUACCUGCGCCUCCUACCUGGACCUGGCUCCUUAUCACCACAUGCUAAGCUUCACUGGCCAGGAGCAGUUCCAUGGCGAUGGCCUCUUUGGCUUCCAGCACUACGGUGGCGAUCAUGCGAUUCCCGUGGCUGUUUCACAGAAGUCCAGCCCAACCACCGAGUGCUCGUCCUCCAUCUCCUCCAUGUCGUCCUCGCCGACAGCGACUGCCAUCUCGGCCAUCUCCAGCUCUAAGCCACAGGCCUUCAAGAAGAAGGGAUCAAGAGGCGGCGAUCAGAGAAAGGCCGCGCCUGCUGCUGCUACGAACAAGAGGCCCAGGGUGAGGAGGGAGAGGCUCGGGGAGAGGAUCAUCGCUCUGCAGCAGCUGGUAUCUCCAUUCGGAAAGUCUGAUACGGCUUCCGUUCUGCACGAGGCGCUGGGCUACAUACGCUUCCUCCACGACCAGGUUCAGGUCCUGAGCUCGCCGUACAUGCAGCGCCUGCCGCCCUCUGCUCAUGUCCGGGUGCAGGAGAGUGCGGCGGGGACGGUGGUGGAGCCGCCGCGGCCGGGCGACCUGAGGAGCCGGGGGCUGUGCUUGGUGCCGAUCUCGUGCACGGAGCACAUCGCCGGCAAUGGCACUGUCAACGGCGCGGACAUAUGGUCUGUCGCGGCGGGGAUGGCGAAGGUGACGGCAGCCGCGGAGAACAUGGGGGCCGCCGAGAUGCUGCCUGAUGGUCACCCCGGGCACUUGGCCUAGCUGACUGCAACACACUUCCUUUACAGAUGAUGUGGGGGUCUGGGGGUUAAGGCUCUAACUAGGCUCUUAGGGUUAAUCAGGUCAAGUACUCCAUCACCUUUUCUGUAAGCUUUUGGCGAGGGGCUGCUGCUGCUUUGAAUGUCAGUCACGACUGCCGAUGAUGCUUGGGAGAUGUGUCUGCUUGCAUAGGGGAUAUCAGAUUAUGCUUGCUUGAUCUUGGUAAUCGGUUUAGACAUCUUUGGAAGUAGGAACUGCACGAUGCUUAUGAUACUAUACUACUGCUACAUGUUCUAUGCAUUUUCUAUACACUCCGAUCUUGAUGCGCGUUGACAAUUUACAUCUG